AUGUACACCACCGAAUACAUUGGGAAGAAGCCUGAGAAGUUCGUCAGCCUUGACUGGAUCGACAUUGAUGACCUCAAGUCCUUCCUUGGCGCACAGGCUCAUCCGACGCCUGCUACUGUCAAUAUACCACUGCCUGCAUCUCCGCUUCCCAAUCCAUAUGGAGCUCCCAUGGUCGAGGAAGGCAGGGCGUCUGUCAUGGACAGAGAGAAUCUGAAUGCUCUGAGUGUUGACUUUCAAGUCAUCCGGUCACUGCUGCCUCCAUCUCCCACCUCCCAUGACGCAUCCUCGAUGGCCGUUGCUAGUGAUGAUGAGAUGACGGACUCGGAGCUCGACAACAAUGAUCCUGAAGCAGGAUGGGUCCCAUCCGACACCAAAUGGCUUGAUCGCAACCUGACCUCUGAUUCUUGGACCAACACACACAAAGUCAUGGCAAAGCUGACUGUCGAACGUAUAGAACGUCUAACGGGGAUCCCAUCGAUAUGGCCUGUGCCCGAGAAACUGACUGCAUUUCUCAUCGACCGAACGAAGCUGAUGGAGAGUGGGGAGGAGCUCAAGGAUGGGGACGGCAAUCUUCGCACCAUUGAUGCUCUCAUCAAAAACAAGGACCAGGAUUCUUGGGCCAGCAACACGGGCAAGGGAGACACAUCCCCCAUGGUUGUUUAUACUCCUGGCGGGAAGCCAAUUGAGAGCCGCCGUGCACGACUGGAUUGCAAAGUCCAAGGCGGUUUUGCCUGCAGGAAUGUGAAUCCGGUUCUGAUGGAGGGUGAACGCCGUGGCAUGAGCACUGAGUCUCGCGAUGCCAUCCGACGUGCUCAGGGACACGAUCGACAGAAUGCCGGAUCUUCCGCUGAAGCACUAGCUAUUGAGUCCCCUGGCCAUCCCGAUGCAACGUAUGCUGUGGUCUGCACUCAUGCUGGGACCAAGAAGGAUCACAUGUACUUCGCUCUUCCGAGCGAAAUUGACCCCAAAAUCUUUGCCCGUGUAUUUGCCCGAUGCACCGUGUCCGCUGAGGAUAUCCCUUCCUGCGCCACCAUUGUUUCACCAUCUACUGGCCGUAAGGGCAAGUGCAAUCCCAGCAUCCGACUCGCUCUUGUUUACAACCAUGCAGAACAUGCUCACAGCCAUCCGAUGCCGGUGUUUCGAAAACUCGAUUACGAAACAAAGGCUGUCUUCAAGGGCUGCAUCAAGGCAUUUGGAGUUGUUGGUGCCACUGUGCCCAAGGUUGAUCUUGGCAAGUUGUUUUCUGUUUGUUCAUUCUCCUUCAUUCAUCCCAUUUUCUUCAGCGGCUUCUACAAACUCAAGCUGAACGGUCUGACCCCUGGCAAAUUCUCAACUGCACUCAACUCAAAUACAACAAAGCGCAAAAUCAUCCGCGAGACCAAACUGGAGGAAUUCCCAGAUGGAGUUGAUCUGAAAGGCGCGUCGGACCUUACGUAUUCCAGACUCCUGGGGGAUAUCAAAGAUCUGGAGGUCACUGUGAAUGAUGCAGUAACUGGCCGUGCAUAUACUAUUGCUCAUUUAUAUAUGAACGGCAAGGACACUGAAGACAUGGAGACGGCAACGGAUCUCCUUCAGGAAACAAAGGUGGAACUCACUGGGAAGCCGUUCGCAUUCAAAGUAUUUCACAAGGGCGGAAAUCUCAUUGCCUUGAAUUCGGAUAUGGAUGUGGCGCAAGUGAUUGGCGCUGUUCAUUCCUUUUUGAAGCGGAGCGAUCCUGUCCAUAGCAGUGUCAGUCGUGAUACAUCACCGUCUCAGGUUGCUCCGUAUUGUGUGAAAUUGUGUCACACUCAUUUUAAACGAGCAAUCCUCAACUUUGCUCCACUCGUUGAUACCAAAGAUUACAAGCGAUUGCUGGGGGUUGUUGAUCUUAAGAGCAGGCAGGCAAUCGACGAGUUCACACAGUUUGUGGCGAGUCUCGGUAUCCCCAAAAUCUCCAACUGGUGGAAACACAAAAUCGAUAGUGACUGGAUCUUGCCCUGCGUCAUCAAGUCGCAGUCGCUCAUUCCUGCAGAUGAUUGGGAUCAAGCAGACAAGACAACAAAUCUCAACGAGGCUCAGCAUGCCUGGACAAAAGCUCGGACCGGAAUCAAGUUGUCUCUUGUCGAAGGAAUGGAAAGCGCUCGCAAGCUUGACUCGCAGGUCGUUCGCGAACGUGCUGUUGCGUUGAGCUCUGGCGUUGAUGUCAAUCCCAACAAUGGUUCGUACCAGCGGCGCGCCCGAAAUACGACCCGGAGGGCGAAUGCUGCCGCCAAAGCCCAUGUGAACAAAUCUGAAGGAAAGAACUCUGGCAAGAAGGCCGGCAAGAAGAGAGGCGGGGGUGGAGAACAGCUCCGUAAAUCGGCGGGAACCGCUCUCUCGAACACGGAGACGAUGAUCGUUUCCUCGAGCUCUAGUGGUCGCGUCAAGACUCGAAUUGUCCCUGCAAAACGGCUUCCUCCCACCGAAACAACUCCGGCAAUCAAACCUGUGUCUGUAGUGACCGCUCAGGGAACUGUUCAUCUGGGUGACGAUUUGCUCCUGACUGGAGAACCAUCUGGUUCGCCGAUCGAUUACUCCGUGGAUUUCAAUCCUGCUUUCACUCCCGUUACACUCUCGGACGAGGAGGUGAACUCAAUGAUCAGCUUCGGGAAUUUUUCUGUGCCAGAUCUUACCUCCAUGUUGCCGAUGUUUCCCUGUGAUUAUGAUGCUACUGAACCCGUGACAUUGGACGAAUAUGGCAUGCCGCCACUUCCGACAUUCUACGGACAGCCAGCUUCACCCCUUUUGAUCGAUCCUGAGCGCCGUCUCCCUUCUCCACCGCGCUCUCCGUCUCCGACGGCUGCAGUCUCGGAACAGACUACAGAAUCCUCUCGACCGGUCAGCUCACCCGGUGGGAGGACAAUGGGGUCUCGAAAGCGAAAGAUUCCUCAGCCUGCAGAGCCUUCUCGUGCGUCAAAAAGGCAGCGGAAAGCAGUCGAGCGGCUGAAUUUGUAA